UAUAGAAUAUUGUUGUAUAUGUCUAAAAGAUUUUAACUUGUUAGUUUUAGCAGUAUACCAUAGCCCCUCUGGCCCGUUUGACAUCUUUUUGGACUCUCUUGAAGGAGUUCUAGGCACAUUAAGCCCAAAUAAACAAGUCCUUGUUGCUGGGGACUUCAAUGUGGACUUUCUUGUUGACAAUGCAAGUGCCCGUAAACUUCAAGGCGUUCUUGAAGGUUUUCACCUAGUCAAGACUAUAAAUGAAUCGACAAGGGGUAAUAAGUGUCUUGAUAACAUUUUCAUGGAUCCUGGAUUGCCCCUGUACUCUGCUGAGGUUUUUGAGACUGGUUUUUCAGAUCACAAAGGCCAGAUUGUCAAAUUUGAGAUUCAAAAAAAGGUUACAGGUUUUACUGAGACAACUAUGCUUAUUAGGCCUAUAACUGAAAAAGGUACCUUCCAGACUACCGUUUUUCAGACUCUACAAAACAAUGUAAUCAGAUCAGCCCCUGAAUCUUUAAAUAUAAUACAAGCCAGGUGCUAUGCAGCUAGGAAAGGAACCAGAGAUCGUAAGAAGAAGGCUAAAGUAAAAGUAGAAAUCCAAAAAGUUGGAUUUAUACCACAUAAUCAAAGAAAUAGAGAGAAGUUCCUAGCUAGUCGGCCCAAACUAAAAUUUGAUGAUUCGGGAAUGAGAGAUCCAGUAGAUGAUGUGUUUGUUUGUAAAUACUAUAAAUGGGUUGUGUAUCCUUUCCAAGAGGCUGUUAAAGCUCAUAGAGAAACUCAUCACCCUGAAAUGUAUAAUAGACCUGAAACAGAUUUACAUGUCACUGUAGAAUUAAAUAUGGAGGGUGAAAAGAAGACUCGAUUGCUAGAUAAUUUUACAAGAACUGUUGGAAUUCCCCACCGGUUCGACCAAGGAGAAAUUCCGUCUGUGGCUGCGUUCGCCAAAACCCAAGAAAUACAAAAACUUGCCAUUGAUGCUGGUGCCCAGCUGGUCGGCGGGGUUGACAUGAUCAAGAAAAUUCAAGUUGGGGAACUCAAUCUUAAUGACUUCAAAUAUAUAGUUGCUCAUCCUGAGAUUCUACCGGAAAUGGUGGUUCUGAGAGGUUUGUUAAAGAAGAAGUUUCCUAAUCCAAAAAGUGGUAGUUUGGAUGUUAAUCUAGGAACUGCAGUGGAGAAGUUUCUAUAUGGUAUUAAUUACACAGCUAGUAAAGAUGAGUACGAGAAGGAUUAUGGUUCAGUUCAGACAGUUAUUGGAUCAUUAACUAUGGAUCCUAAACAACUGGAAGAAAAUUUUGCAGCACUAAUAAGAGAUGUUUACACAAUGAAACCAAAACGGCAAGGUUCUUUUAUCACCAGGUGUCUUGUAUGGACGCCGUACUCUUCAGAAAAACUUAAAGUCAAUCACGAGGUAUUUUUAGAAAACGUAGAGCCUUCGAAACAGUCUGCAGUAAAUGUCGAGGAAGAAAUAGAAGAACGAAUGACGUUGUAAACGGUGUGUUUGUUUAAUAUUAUAGUCGGUAAAUUGUUUCGAUCGUUAUAAUAUAUAUGAUCUAUUUGUUAUGUUAACUAAUCAAUUUAUAAAAUAUAUCAUUGAAUUUUA